GGGGCGCACAGAGCUACAGGGGCUGGCGGCCGGCGGCGUAGGGAACGCGGGGAGGGGGCGCCGAGCGGCGGCCGAGUCGAGACUCGCACUGCGCGCCGGGGGGCGCUGUUCCCCGCUCUUUCCCGCGCGCCCGCGCGCACCGGUCCCGCCCCGCCCCGCGUCCCGCCCCCGACACAGCGCUCGCGGAGGGGAGCUCGGACCCUGACCUUGCUCGCGGACAGCCCGCGCUCUGCCCGCCGCGCCAACCGGCUGCCUGACUCGCAGAAAAUCGGGAGAAAGGGUGGAGCGGAGCCGCCCGAGGCGGGGUAGCCUCCCGGAGCAGCGCUGAGCCCAGCGCGGGACAAUGGGGCCGCGGCGGCUGCUGCUGCUGGUGGCCGCCGGCCUCAGUCUGUGCGGCCCGCUGUCCUCCGCCCGCACCCAGGCCCACAGGCCAGAGUCAAAAGCAACAAAUACCACCUUAGGUCUUCGGACAUUUUUUCUCAGGAAUCCCGAUGAUAAAUAUGAACCAUUUUGGGAGGAUGAGGAGAAAAACAAAAGUGUGUUAACUGAAUAUAGAUCAAUCUCCAUCAAUAAAAGCCGUCUUCUUCAAAAACCACUUCCUGCGUUCAUCUCAGAAGAUGCCUCCGGAUAUCUGACCAGCUCCUGGCUGACACUCUUUGUCCCUUCCGUGUACACGGGUGUAUUUGUGGUCAGCCUCCCACUAAACAUCAUGGCCAUCAUUGUGUUCAUCCUGAAAAUGAAGGUCAAGAAGCCGGCGGUGGUGUACAUGCUGCACCUGGCCACUGCAGACGUGCUCUUUGUGUCUGUGCUCCCCUUUAAGAUCAGCUAUUACUUUUCUGGCAGUGAUUGGAAGUUUGGGUCUGAAUUGUGUCGCUUCGUCACUGCAGCAUUUUACUGUAACAUGUAUGCCUCCAUCAUGCUCAUGACAGUCAUUAGCAUUGACCGGUUUCUGGCUGUGGUGUAUCCCAUCCAGUCCCUCUCCUGGCGUACUCUGGGAAGGGCUUCCUUCACUUGUCUGGCCAUCUGGGCUUUGGCCAUUGCAGGGGUAGUGCCUCUGCUCCUCAAGGAGCAAACCCUCCAGGUGCCCGGGCUCAACAUCACCACCUGUCAUGAUGUGCUCAACGAAACUCUGCUUGAAGGCUACUAUGCCUACUACUUCUCAGCCUUCUCUGCUGUCUUCUUUUUUGUGCCGUUGCUCAUUUCCACAGUCUGUUAUGUGUCCAUCAUUCGAUGUCUUAGCUCCUCCACGGUUGCCAACCGCAGCAAGAAGUCCCGGGCUUUGUUCCUGUCAGCUGCUGUUUUCUGCAUCUUCGUCAUUUGCUUCGGACCCACAAACAUCCUCCUGAUUGCUCAUUACUCGUUCCUUUUUCACACUUCUACCACAGAGGCUGCCUACUUUGCCUACCUCCUCUGUGUCUGUGUCAGCAGCAUAAGCUGCUGCAUCGACCCCCUGAUUUACUAUUACGCUUCCUCUGAGUGCCAGAGAUACCUCUACAGUAUCUUAUGCUGCAGAGAAAGUUACAAUCCCAGCAGUUUUAACAGUAGUGGGCAGUUGGUGGCAAGUAAAAUAGAUACCUGCUCUAGUAACCUGAAUAACAGCAUAUACAAAAAGCUGUUAACUUAGGAAAAGGGACUGCUGGGAAGUUAAAAAGAAACGUUUAUAAAAGUGGAUAACUUGAGGAUUCUAUUAGUCCCUGCCCAAACUGUAUUGACUUCACCUCCUAAAAGAACAGAUGUAUGACUUGCAUACCUGCUUUUUAUGGGAGCCAUCCAGCAUCUGUUUUUGUUAAUAACCAGAAAGAUAACAGGAUUAGAAGACCGUGUUAUUCCAAGGGUAUAUUGCCAAUGCUACAGUAAUAACUGAAUGUCACUUUUGGAUAUAGCUAGGUGACAUAUAUAUAUUUAUAUGUGUGUAUGUAUGUAGAUGUAUACAUCACAUAUAUUAUUGCAGUGCAGUUUAGAAUAGGCACUUUGAAACCCUCUUUUCUUCCCUCCCAGCAAUUAUAGAAAUAAUCUCUGAUUCUCUGAUUUAAGUCUAGGUUGGUAGAGUUUAACCCUGAACAUUUGAAGAUGUUUAUCAACAGUGAGAGACUCCAUAGUUUGGGCUUGUACCACUUUUGCAAAUAAGUGUAUUUUGAAAUUGUUUGACAGCAAGGUUUAAGUUAUCAAGGGAUAAGACUUAGUACUAUCUGUGUGUAGAAGUUCUAGUAUUUUCAGUUUUAAACAAAUCCAAGUUUGAAUUCCUAAAAUUAUGGAAACAGUUGAAAACCCCUGUUUUGAUAUGGGUAGUAUUUUUUACAUUUUGUACACAGUAUACAUAAGCCAAGACUGAGCCUAAGUCCUCUAGUGAAGGUACACUGGCUUUCAGAGUAGCCUAUUCCUGAGAGCUUCUAGCGUCUGCCCCCGAUGGAGGACUCAGAGCAGCAGACACAUGCCUGGGCCGUGUCAGACACAGAUUGGCCAGAAACCCUCCCGCUGAGCCUCUCAGAAAGCAAUGAGACUGGGGCCACCACAUUUGCCCUCCUUCCCCAUGGGAUCGGCUGUGAACUGAUCAUGUUUAUGGAAACUGGCAAAGCAGAAUGUGAUAUCCUAGGAGGUAAUGAUCGUGAAAAACUUCUCUACCCAUCUUAAAAACAACGAAAGAAGGCAUGGACUUCUGGAUGCCCAUCUACUGGGUAUAAACAUAUUCAGUAGUUGUCUUGAAAGGUCAGUUCUGAUAUGGAAGCACCCAUUAUGUGCUAUGGGCACUCAGAUAGAUGCUGGGUGUACAGAAUGGAAUAAGACUGAGACCUGCCCUCAGACGCAAAGUAGAUGAUGCAUAGAGUGUGAUGUAUGUGUAGUAAAUGUUUCACACAAGCAAGGCCUGUCAGCUAAAGAAUUUUGAAAAUUUGGGUUCCUAUUUCUUGUGGUUAUAACUUAGUGAAAACAUAAUCCAAUACAAGACAUAUAUUUUGUUAAAUAAGUCUGAUUUAAUUGGGCACUAUGUAUUUACAAAUGUGUUGUUCAAUAGAUUGCUCAAAUCAGGUUUUAAGAAUCAGUCAUGUCAGUCUGCUUAGAAAUAACAGAAGAAGACUGGGUGCAGUGGUUCACUCCUGUAAUCCCAGCACUUUGGGAGGCCAAGGCAGGCGGAUCAUGAGGUUAGGAGUUCAAGACCAGCCUGACCAACAUGGUGAAACCCCAUCCCUACUAAAAAUACCAAAAGAAUUAGCCAGGUGUGGUGGCACAUGCCUGUAAUUCCAGCUACUCAGGAGGCUGAGGCAGGAGACUUGCUUGAACCCGGGAGGCAGAGGUUGCAGUGAGCCAAGAUUGCGCCACUGCACUCCUGCCUGGCCAACAGAGCAAGACUCCAUCUAAAAAAAAGAAGAAGAAGAAGAAAAGAAAGAAAUAACAGAAGAAAAUGGAAUUAGCAUUGAAAUCUAGGAAAAUUAUUCUAUGAUUUUAAAAUCAUUUUUUAACCUCCUCAGUAUCAAGUAUAGAAAAUCUUCAUGGAAUUCACAAAGUAAUUUGGAAAUUAGGUUCAAACAUAUCUCUUUUUUCUUGUGAAAAAAUGGUAGCAUUUUAAACAAAAUAGAAGGUUGCAAGACAAAUUUACCUAUUUAAAAAGAGCAAACUUGCUGGGCGUGGUGGCUCACACCUGUAAUCCCAGCACUUUGGGAGGCCGAGGCAGGAGGAUCAUGAGGUCAGAAGAUCAAGACCAUUCCGGCCAUGGUGAAACCCUGUCUCUGCUAAAAUACAAAAAAUUAGCCGGGCGUGGUGGCACAUGCUUGUAGUCCCAGCUACUCAGGAGGCUGAGGCAGGGGAAUCACUUGAAUCCAGGAGACAGAGGUUGCAGUGAGCCGAGAUCAUGCCACUGUACUCCAGGCUGGUGACAGAGCAAGACUCCGUCUCAAAAAAAAAAACUAUUUCUAAAUACCGUAGAAUAACUUACAUGAGAUAUAACUGUAUUGUAAGUAGAAGCUAGCACUGGUUUUAUUAAUUUAGUGACUAUAUUCAUUUUAUCUAAAUCAGUGUAGGUUUACUGUCAUUGUUUAUUAGUCUGUAUAAAAAUAUGCUGUCAUUACUGUACUUGUAAAAUAGUAUGUCACUGUUUUUGUGUUCACUCUUAAAAAUGUAACCUAUAGGCGGGGCACGGUGGCUCAAGCCUGUAAUCCCAGCACUUUGGGAGGCCAAGGCGGGUGGAUCACAAGGUCAACAGAUCGAGACCAUCCUGGUCAACAUGGUGAAACCCCAUCUCUACUAAAAAUACAAAAAUUAGCUGGGCAUGGUGGCGUGUGCCUGUAAUCCCAGCUACUCAGGAGGCUGAGGCAGGAGAAUUGCCUGAACCCAGGAGGCGGAGGUUGCAGUGAGCCGAGAUCGCGCCAUUGUAUUCCAGCCUGGGUAACAAGAGCAAAACUCCAUCUCAAAAAAAAAAAAGAAAAUGUAACCUAUAUUAAUAAAUGUGAUCAUUUGCUUGGCAUCUCUUUGGAAUAAAUUAGUAUUGUAUCUUU